ACCAACACGACAAGACCAUCAACCAACUGGUUUAGCAUGGCCACUGAACAGGUGCAUCCUUUGCGCAUCACCAAAAACACACCAAACACAUCUCCCUCCAAGAUGCCGAGCGGGAUCCCUCGCCCGCUGUCGGAGCUCUCGCCGACCGAGAUGCGGCGAAACUCCCCCAGCUGGCACAAGCCGUCCAACGGGUCUCCCAAGAAGUCAGGAAACCCCGAUUCUUCACCAUUCCAGUCAUCGCCGCUUGAGUCUGUGUCGUCCCCACGACUGUUUUGGCAGAACCGCAACUCGGAAAACUUCUAUGGACGAGGAGGCUCCCCAUCCCCAAACCGCCGCUCCUCGAUCGAGCGUCUCCAGAGAGCUUCUCGAGUCAGGAACAGUAAUAUUCUGGCUCUUGAGCAGAAGCAGGAAUAUGAUCCUACUCGGAUUCCUCAGAUUGAAAGACCCCUCGCUAAGGUCCAAGGGAACGCUUUCGGAUCGACUGGCUCAUUCCGAGCUUCCACAAACGAACGCCCAUCUAUCACCCACACCCGAAGCGAAAGCAAGACGAGCAUUCCCACCAUGAGCCCAACCAAAUCUUCCAUCCCCCAGUCUCUUGGAUCACCGAACCGCCCCCUUACCCCGAGUCGAGACCAAGUAUCGCCCACAAAGUCGUCUCUCUCACAUCGAUACAAGAGUAGCUUCGACAUGGAGACGGGCACCUGGUCUGCGGACUCACCCGGCGACGACCAUGAGCUGCCUCCGGGACGUUCGCUGCAUCGUCAUGCGAAGAGCGUGACUUUUGACGCUGCACCUCCCCAGAUCAACGAAUACGAGAUGGCGACUCCUGAUCUUUCAUCCAUUGGCACCAACUCUCGGGAAGGAAGUUAUGAGUCUGACGACGACGAUGAUGACGACGUGCUCUACGACCCUGGGCACGUUGAUCUUGAGGGUGAUAGCUUCGAUGCGUCGCUCGAGGACACGGAUAAGACUCCUGUUGUUGGCCCUGACGACUGGAGAGGAGAGAGCCCCCUGGUGCACCGCGAUGGACCUCGCGAAUAUGAUGGCAGCCCUAUGCCUGAAAACGCACCUUCUGUUGCAUCUGCCGGCCGUCCAGCACACAUCCGCACUGAUUCUUGCACCUCCAGUGGCGAGCACCGGCCACUACCGCCUCUCCCUGGAUUCAUUAGCCACUCGCGCAACAACUCUGCCCCUUCCUCUCCCGCGUCACCUGGACUCUCAGCGACGGCAGAGCGGAUGCUUGGUGCGCAUAGAAAUCUGCCGUCUCCCCCUCCUGCCUCUGCCACCAGCAAGUCCGACAUCCACAAUAUUGGCAACACCAGAAUGUCUCUGGAAGAGCGACUUCGACUUAUGAUGUUGUCUGACGACAAUGAUGGCAAGAGCGCCGCGGUGCAACAGCGCGAGCGACGCCUUCGUAGGGCUCAUGGCCGUGAGCGACUGAGCAGCCCAAUUUCCGAGCCUGAAUCAACCAGGAGCAUGACCGAGACCCUUGAGGGCGAUGAUGCUGACGCUGUUGGCGACAUCUCUGCCCUGGAGGACUACCAGCUUCCUCCUCGCAUCUCUCGUGAUUCCAUCAUGCGCAAGGUCAACAAUGGAACCAAGACUCCUGAUCAGGACAAGGACUACAUUUUCUCGUCUCCUCCUGGUUCGCGAAGCCCCAGCAGGAGCCCUGAGCGACAGAUUCCUUUGGAUCCUGAUGUACCUAUUCCAUCCACCGAGGACUCUAUGGACGAGCUCUCGGAUGAGGAAGGUGGCAGUGUCAUCAUUACCCGACUUCCUGAGAAUGAGAUUGACUUCUACGAGGACUCCGACUUGGACUUUGACGAGGACGAGGAGCUCGAGGAGGACAUGCUCCACGCACCUGUGGAUACUGACAGCGAGAGCCACUACUCUGAGUCUGAACCGGCGCUGCCAACUCCAACUGCCGAGACCGCCAAGGCUGAAGAGGUUGUUGAGAAGGUGACCGAGAAGGUUGUUGUUGAAGAGGUUCGAGAUGAAGUCACAACUCCUCGUGCCACCACCCCUACUCUGCCACGUGGUUUGGAUGAAUCUCUCCCAUCCUUCAACUCAGAUGGCAAGGAUGCUUCAUUCUCGCGAGACUUUGAGUCAUACAUGCUCCCUGAGCCCGAGCCACAACCUCAACAGGAAGAGUCUGUCAAGGAGGACAAGAAGGUCGAGCCAGAGGCUCCCAAGAUGGCCGAUGCCCAUGCUUUCUUGCAAAGACCAUUCACUCCUGAGCCACUUUCGAAGCCAGAGUAUGAUGGCACUGGAUGGGGUGAGCCCGAGGAUGAGUACGAGGACGGUCCCAGCACCCCAGAGUCGGUCAUCCAUCAUCCCGUUCCCGCCGAUGUAUCUGAGGACGAGGAGCCCCAGGUGAAGAUCUCGCCUGCUAUUCCUGAGCGUUCCGCUACUAUCAAGGCAACGGGUGGCUCAAAGCUCAAGACCCGACUCUCAAAUACACCUUCCGACAUUGCUUCGAUGCGAGAAGCCCGUCGACAAGUCAGCAUGGAGGUGCCCGUCGUCCCACCGAUCCCGGACAAGCAUAGCAAGCGAUUGUCCAAGGACAUUAACAGCGGUCUCUUGCUUACCGGCGAUGAGUUUAUCGAACGACACCCCAGUUUCAAGAACCGCAGCUUGACGUUGGAUCUUGAGCUCGGACUCAGCCUAGACAAAGACUUUGAGAGAGUCAUUGAGGCACAAAAGGUUGCUUUUAACGAUUCCUAUGUUCAACAAUCCCUUCUCGAUAAUUACAGCCCCAGCAGACAAGCGUCUACUGCCACCAAUCAACCUCAGACUAAAGAACUGAAUGCUAACGUGACUCGUCGUCAGCGCGGCUACCUCAUGCGACAAAACACGAAGCUUGUCACCGCCAGUGACAAGGACACGGACGAGCCUCGAGGCGCCCGAUCGGCCGGUAACUCACCCGUUAAGCAGGAUCGCCCCAUGUCAUGCAUCGUCGAGCCCUGGAACAGCAAACCGCGCCCUAGGAGUGUGCGGAAGCGCGUGGGUGGUAGUAUCGGCCCCGCUCCCCCACUGCCCGGACAGGAGAGCAAUGCGACAGCAGUUACCCAGGCUCCCGAGGAAGACUUUGGUCUCGAGAUGGCGACGCCAGACAGCGGAGAGAGAGGUCGUCUGUUUGUCAAGGUUAUGGGUGUCAAGGACCUUGAUCUUCCCCUUCCAAAGAGUAAGUUGCCACCCUUGAGCAUUGAAAGACCAUAUCUAACAGAAGCAGAUGAACGUACCUGGUUCAGCCUCACUCUGGACAACGGCGUGCACUGCGUGACGACCGCAUGGCUUGAGUUGGCGCGGAACGCACCCAUCGGCCAGGAGUUUGAGCUUGUUGUUCCCAACGACCUUGAGUUCCAGCUGACUCUCAACGUCAAGCUUGAGAAGCCAGUUGAGCGUGCUCGACCACCACCUCCUGCUGCCAAGGUGCACAAGCACAAGACGUCAACCUUCAGCAGAGUGUUUGCGUCACCCAAGAAGCGCAAGGAGCUGGAGCUCCGUCAGCGAGAGGAAGAGGAGCGCGCUCUGCAAAUGCAAAGAGAUGCACAAGUCAAGCAGCAGCGUACUGGUCCUCCCACAGCGUAUGAGCUUCUAUCGCCUCUAGCUGCGGAGGACGGCAGCUUCGCUAGGGCAUAUGUCUGCCUUCGAGAGCACGAGAACCGAUGCUUUGGCCGGCCUUACAUGGCCGAGGUUGCCUGCUUCAACGAGUGGGCCACCGAGGAGGCUGGAUUCGCAUCCAGCGUCAAGAGCAAGCGUGGAAACACAGCAGUUGUGCGUCGCGCUCCUUACAAGGUUGGCAAGCUUGAGCUCCAGCUUCUGUUCGUCCCCCGACCCAAGAACGCGACGGAUGAGGAUAUGCCUAAGAGCAUGAACUCGUGCAUUCGAGAACUCAAGGCUGCUGAGGAGAGAAUGUCCCGCAACUGGGAGGGUCAUCUGAGCCAGCAAGGUGGCGAUUGCCCUUACUGGCGCCGUCGAUAUUUCAAGCUUGUUGGCACCAAGCUCACUGCUUACCAUGAGGCGACCCGGCAGCCUCGAGCAACCAUCAACCUGGCUAAUGCCAAGCGGUUGAUCGAUGACCGUCGAGCGUUGACGGAGAAGGAGACAACGGGUAGAGGCGGUCGACGACGCCGCUCAGCCUUUGCGGAAGAUGAAGAGGGCUACAUGUUUGUUGAGGAGGGAUUCCGUAUCCGAUUCAACAACGGCGAGCUCAUCGACUUCUACGCAGAUACGGCCGAAGACAAGGAAGGCUGGAUGAAGGUGCUCGCCGACGUUGUCGGCCGCGACAGUCCUGAAGAUGACCCCUCGGGCCCACGGGCAAGAUCCAAGUGGUGCCAGCUGGUUCUUCGACGAGAAGAGCAACUGCGCCGACGGGCAUCGGGACGCCGAGUGAACUCACGACCUAAGAGCAUGUUCCUCUAA